AGAAUGGUCGAGUCCUCGGCGCAAUUCGCGACUAGGGUGGCGGAGGCUGUUUGGAGCGCUCUCCGUGGCCAGUGUCACUGGGCGUCCGGGGACCGCCAGGCCGCCCGGUUCCUGCUCUCCUCAGAGGGCACAUCAUGAAGACCUCUGUCGAGCUUGCCAUCAAUGGGAUUCAGGCCCUCCAGCUGCAACAUAAAGGCCGAAGUGGCUACCGAGUCAAAUCCAGCACGUCGUUCGUGGAUGAGACUUUGUUUGGCAAGCCUUCCGGGGCUCGGCCAACCCCACCGAAGUUUGACCCUCCUUGGGCAGUGCGGGCCAGAUCUGGGAAGCUUGUGCCAUUAACCCCUAAUUCUGAGGGGGCCAAAUGGAACCUGAUUUCGGACCCCUCCAAAAGCAGCAGCAGUACCCCUCCCCAUACUCCCAGGAAGAAAAAUAAAUACAGGCUUAUCCGUCACACACCAUCCUAUUGUGACGAGACUCUCUUUAGCUCCCGACGGGAGGAACCCACCUGGGAGGCACCAUGGAUGAAGAAGGAGGAUGCUGCAAAGCUCCAGCCCCUCCUCUGGAGCCCCCCAUCAGCACCCUGGGCCAAUCGCUCUCCCCGACCCAAGGAGACCCCCCUGCGGGCUAUUCACCCAGAGCCAAAGACCAGGAACAAGCCAGACAUUUGGCAGAGGCUCUCGAAUGGCCUGGACUCCCCAGGCUUCCUCAAGAGGGGGCAGUCCCAGUCACUCACCCAUCUGAAUGCCUCCCCUGGCGGGUACUCCCCUGGCACCAGUCCCCCCCAUCAGAGAGGGCAGCAGCAGGCUUGGACUCAGGCAGCUGCGGGGACCUUCCAGAGCCCAGUGGUGACCCCCAGGGCUCGCGCCAUCAGCCUCUCAGAACCAGCCACUCCCCGGAAGCGUGUGGCCACUCCCAAGCCAAAGCCACCCUGGAAGUGACUUGUGACCAUGCCUCCUUGUCAUCCCUGGGAGCACAGAUGGGGACAAAGGCAUGGGCUCGUGCAAAAAGAAGGAAACCCCGGUGAGAGGGGAAGGGGAAGGGGAAGGAGCCUGACCCAUUCCCAUGCAUCUGUUCCGUCUGCCCUGGGAGGGUCGGUGCAGAGAUCCUGCCUUUGGGACAGAUGGGCCCAUUCCUUCGGCCUUGUUCCUCCGUCCCUAGCCGACUGGGGUCAUCAUGCAACCCAAUAAACUGUACUGUUGCCAACCCA